GUUUAACUGUUAAUAUUCGACGCAGAUUUGUUACUUUAAGUUAGUUCUUUUUAAUAUUAUCUUGAAAGAAAGGAAAAGCGAUAUCAAUUUGAUAAUUCGACAGAAAAUGGGUACCAGGACAAAUCAUUUAGAUGCAAUUAAAGAAAUUGAAAAUGUUCCCGUCAUUUCUACAGCAGUGAUUGGAAAUUCACCCUUCGAAUUGUCAACUAUAACAGAUGAGGAACUGUAUUAUCUUAAGUUUACAAACCUCAUGUUAAGGUUAGCUCCAAGGGCUAUGAGAGUUUUGUUUGAUAAGAAGUUCCCGCCAGAUCAGCUGUGUAGUAGACUUAACCAAUACAAACAUGUAUUACAACAGCUAACACAAAAGAACGUCAUAUUCGAAUUUCACUGGGAAGAAGUAAUGUUUCCUCCAUCAGGAAAUUCUCAAGUGAAAUCAUCUUCGUUUGAUUUGAGUCUUCAGUUUCUACUCAUCAAGCAUUUGACAUAUAUCAAAGUCCAGAACGUGUUGCCUCUCAAACCGGACACAUCCGUUGAGAAUAGUGUGUCUACUAUUUUUUACUACCAUAAUUACAUAAACAGUAAAGUCAAAACGUCCAUGAGAUUAGAUGAAUUCGAAAGACACUGGGUUACUAUAACAAAGGCUGUUGAAUAUAUUGCUGGUAAAGUUUCGAAAGAUGAAUGUGAUGUCUUCAAAAAAGCAGAUUUAGAUUCCGUUUACGUUUGUCUACUGGUAGAAUUGAUAGACUUAAGGAAAACUAUAAUGAACAAGACAGAUAUUCCUCAUCAAACACUGGAAAAGUUAAUGCUAAUCUGUGGCAAAGUCGAAACUUUAAAGCGAAAAGAUUUUGAAAAUAUAAUUGAAGAUAUUAGGAACCUAAUGGAAGAAGUUAGCAGUGGAGAUGAAUCUUUGUUUAACAAACUGCACGGUAUAUCAGAGUGGAAAGUGCUGGAUGCAAAAUUUGUAGAGACUAAAGCAACUAAAUCCAUAUCAAAAACCAUAAAAGAUCACCAGGUUGUGGUUUUGGUAGGAAAUUCGGGGAUCGGAAAAUCCUUCACACUUCAGCACAUUGCUUUGUCAUUACUUAAACAAGACUUUGAAAUUAUACCUGUAACAGACCCAAAAGAUAUUUUAAAUACCAAACAAAACGAACGGAAGCGAUUCUAUCUUAUUGACGAUAUUUUUGGUCAAUGUAAUAUGAAUCUUACUAUGCUAGAACUUUGGGAAGACUCUGAAGAUGCAAUUAUAUCAAAACUAAGACAGUGUCCGGACAAAAAAUGUGUUAUCACUACACAUUCCAAUGUGUAUGGGAAUGAGAAUGCUAGAAAAGUUUUAAAAAACUUAGGGGCAAUUGAAUGUAACAUGUCAAGUGAUGAUCUGUCGCUUAGCUUGAGUGAAUUUCAGCUGAUAUGGAAUUCAUAUAAUCAGCGUAUAGAUUUAGACAAAGUGUUCGGCGAAACUAUUCCGGUAGAUUUUUUCCCGCUUAUAUGUCGACUCUUUCAACAAAAAAGAGAUAAAGCUAUCGAAAAAGAUUUUAUAAGAAGUCCGUAUGAAAAUAUAGUAAAAUAUAUGAAUGCGUUGUACAAGAGUGAUGAAUACUGCUACUUUUUCAUGCUUCUCUUAAUCCUAAUGAACAAUAAAAUCACCAAAGAGUACAUAAACAGUACCGAAAAUAAACCAAAGAUGCAAGGCAUAUUUCAGUUGUGUUUUAAAACAACGUCUACCACCAUGCCUUCCUUCUCAAGUUAUAUCAUACAUGGCAUAAGAAACCUUAAAGGUUUAUUUAUUGAAGAAUCAAAGAAAGAGUACACGGUUUCUCAUAUCAAAAUGUUUGAAGUUCUUUGUCAGUACUUUGGCGAAAAACACACCGACUGCAUACUUAAAUACGGUGAUUCUGAUGUCGUUUAUAGUAGAGUGGUUUUAAGCACGUUUGAUGUUCCACUUUGUGAAGGAGAAGCCAUAAGGAUAGACUCUGUUCAUGAAAAACAAUACUUUGAACGAAUACUCGUGGAUUUGAAGGAAGGGAAAUCUUGGGAUGUGUUUUCCUGUCUUCAGAUGUCAAAUGAAAAAUUUAGGAAGCAUUUUAUAUCAUAUUUAUCAAAAACCUCUAAAGUGAUGGAGAUACAUACACAUAACAUUGAUUCAGUAUAUAUAGCCUCCAAAUUAGGUUACCAUGACAUUGUAGAAUUUCUUAUUACAACAAAAGACAGAAAUUUGUCAAGUGGUAUCUCAAGCAAUGGAAAAACGUCUCUUUGGGCUGCAAGCUACUCUGGGCAUGAAGAUAUUGUAAAGCUACUGUUGAAUAAUCAUGCUGACGUCAAUCAAGAAACACUUACAGAAGAGACUCCAAUAUAUGCUGCGUGUAAACAAGGUUAUCUUGUUAUUUUAGAACUUUUAAUAAAACAUUAUGGAGACGUUAAUCAACCGCAAAAGGAAGGAAUCACUCCAUUGUUUAUCGCAUGCAAGAAACAGAACAAAAAUAUAGUACGGGUUUUAUUGGAGAAAGGCGCCAGUGUUGAUCAGCCUACAAGUGCUGGUGCAACUCCAUUGCAUGUCUCUUGUUUUCAUCAAAAUUCAGAAUUAGUUGAAAUUUUACUGAACAAAAAGGCAGAUACUAAUAAAACUACUGACAAAGGAGUCACACCCCUGCAUGUUGCAUGCUACAACGGAAACAAACAUAUUGCGGACCUUUUACUAGUGAAUUUUGCCAAUGUUAAUCAAACAAUGAACGGUCAUGUUACGCCUAUUUAUAUUGCGUCUGAACGAGGCCAUACAUCUCUAGUCAAAUUUCUAUUAACGAAGUAUGCUAACAUUAACCAGGCUACAGAUGAAGGUUACACACCACUUUAUGUUGCAAGCAUGAAUAAACAUACAGGUAUUAUUGAUGUACUGCACAAUAAGCAAUCAAAUACUUCGGUCCAUAGUAAAACCGGUUUCAGACAGUUGUAUAGUGCCUGUGAAAGUGGACAUACAAACGUUGUAGACUGGUUGCUAAGACACGAUGUCGAAGUAAAUCAGGAAAAUGAAGACGGGGUUACACCAUUACACAUAUCAUCCUAUAAUGGCCACCUAGCUGUCGUUUCACAUUUGCUAAAGAAUAAUGCCGACAUCAAUAAAAUGACUAAGAGUGGUGUAACUGCCCUGUACAUGGCUUGUCAUAAAGGAUAUUUAGAAGAUGUUCAGUUACUUCUUAAGUACAAUGCAGAAGUUAAUUUAGCUGCAGACUUCGGUUAUACUCCGCUGUAUAUCGCAUGUGAAAAUGGGCAUACAGCUAUCGCAGCGUUAUUACUUAAAAACAAUGCAGAUGUUAAUCAGACUAAAAAUGGUGGCUUAUCACCGCUUUAUAUUGCCUGUCGUAAUGGUCAUACACAUGUUGUACAUAUGCUUCUCGAACAUUUUGCUUUCGUUAAUCAUGUAGUUGACAAAGGGGACACUCCUCUUCAUAUAGUAUGUAAUAAUGGCCAUACCCCAAUUGUAGAACUACUGCUAUGUUACCAUGCUAAUAUUAACCAAUGUCUACCCAAUGGAUGCACACCAUUGUAUGUUGCUUCUGAGAAUGGUCAUGAAGGAGUCGUUUCCCUCCUUUUAAAUAACGACGCUGAUGUAAACCUUUGUCGUACUAAAGGAAGUUCGCCAUUAUUUAUUUCCUCUAUGGAAGGAUAUGAUCUAGUUGUGAAGCUACUCUUAAAUAACCAUGCUGAUGUUAACCAAAAACGGCAAGGUGGUUUUACUUCUUUAUAUAUUGCAGCACAUCAAGGACAUCGCAGAGUUGCUGAAUUAUUGUUGCGAUACAAGGCCGAAAUAAACGUUACCGAUGAUAUUGGAGCAACACCUUUGUAUGUAGCAUGUGAAUACAACCACAAAGAUGCAGUCGAGUUUUUACUUAAACGCAAUGCUGAUGUCAAUAUAAAAACAAAUCAAGGGUAUACUCCUUUACAUAUUGCAUGCCAGAACAACCACAAAGAAAUAGUCGAUUUGCUCUUAGAGUAUAAAGCAAAUUUGACAGAAAGUGAUGACGCGGGCAUCACGCCACUGUACCUAGCUAGUACUUGUGGGCAUAUGGAUGUGUUAGAUAUAAUGAUCAACAGUGUUAAGAAUGAUGCAGAUGUAGAUAUUGAAACUAAAGAGGGAUUUACUCCACUAUUCGCUGCAUGUAAAAAGAAUGACAUAGCUACCGUUCAAUACCUCCUAGAAAAAGAUGCAGAUAUUAAUCAUCGGUCAGUUGCAGGGUUGACACCACUUAAUGUCGCAUGUGACAAUAGAUACUAUGAUUUAGCCGAAUACUUAUUAAGAUACGGAGCUAAUAUAAAUACUCAAAACAAUGUUGGCAUGACCCCUCUCUAUAUGGCAUGUCAAGAUGGUAAUCUUGAAGUAAUCGAACUUUUGUUCAGAUAUCGCCCGGAUGUUAAUCUUGCAACGGAAAAGUCAUCGACGCCACUUUAUAUUGCAAGUUUCAAUGGAAAUGAAGAGGUUGUGAAAGUUCUCCUUGAUCAUAAUGCAGAUGUAAACCUUUGCAUGGUUGGUGGUUUAACUCCUCUAUACGUUUCCUGUUACAACGGCCAUAUACAUAUUGCAGAAUUACUGCUACAAUACGGCGCUGAUGUUAACAAGGGAACUUUCGAAAACGUUACACCACUUCAUUUAUCAUGUGAUAAAAAUAGAGAAGACUUAGUGAUGUUAUUACUGGAAAACAACGCUGAUGUAAAUCUUAAAAAUGAAUCAGGACUGACAGCUCUCGAUAUUGUCAGAAAUAAUAGAAAUAUAAAAUUGGUGGAGAAACUUGAACACAACGCUACGAACCAUAAAGAACAAAGAUAAUGAAGUUUAUAAAUAAUAUUACUGAUAAAAGUGAAGUAUCCAUUGUAUACAUUGUAGAUGGAUACAGCGAUGGCAAAUAAAAGCAAUGGCGAAUAAUAUAAUUAGUUUGUGCGGCUUUAGUAAAAAAAACAGCAAAAAAAAGCUUUGGAUCAAAAAUGCAGACAAAAUAAUGUAUGUUCAAUGUUUGCAAACUACUGCUCCAUG